AUGGCUGCUAUGUGGAUCUCUAUCUUUGCUCUAUGUUCAUUAUUAUCAGCCCUAUACUCUAUGACUAUCACUCACAAACCCAUGGAGAAGUUUAGUUAUGGCCUGGCGCGAGUUCCAGUUCUAGCGGUGUUCAGCACUACGGUAUUAGCACAACUUUUCUCCAUAUUCCUUUCAAAGGAGUCAUUUGAGCAUAUGCUUUCACCAGAUCAUCAAGGUUCACAUGAACCAUCAAAUAGUGCGCAUGAACACGGUGCAGAGAGUGUAGGAAGCUGGCCAUAUUUUAUUGGCGCUGGAGCCUCUUCCAUAGCUUUGCUAAUAUCUGCAUACUCUCUGAAGAACCAGCCAUUCAACCACGUACUGACUGCAUCGAGCAGUUCAAGUCUACAGGAACAUGCUGCGGAUAUCUGUCAUGCUAUAUGCUGGGUCAUUCCUGGUCUAUCUAGACUUCUCCUGCCCAGAAUCAACUCUAUGGUAUUGCUAGCAACAGUCACGAGCUGCUUACUCAUCCUCUGUGAACAGUUCAGGCAUGAUUUUGCUUGGGCGGAUCCAGUAUGUUGUCUUUUCUUGUGCGUUGCGGUCUUUUCCACAAUGUGGCCAUUGUCAUCCUACACAGGAAUGAUACUUCUACAAACGGCCCCGCCUCAUUUAUUGAAUCAGAUAGAUAGAUGCAUUUCUGAAGCAUCAACUAUUGAUGGUGUCUUGGAGAUUCGGGCGCGACAUUUUUGGCAACUGGAUUUUGCACAGUUGGUGGGCACUGUUGAUGUAAGAGUUCGACGCGACGCUGAUGAGCAAAACGUUUUGACUUUGGUCACAGACAAAAUGUCGUCUGUUGUCAGCAUGCUUACAGUGCAGAUUGUCAAAGAUGCUGCUUGGAACAUGGAGGGUAUGAAUUCGAUGAAUUCAGUAGCUUCUGAGGUAGGUUCUCUCGAAAGCCCCCAUAUUCACGCCCAUGAUGAUGAUCACGGCAAUGGACAUAGUCAUGAUCACGGCCAUAGUCACGACCACGAUCAUGACGAUGAUGGAGGUCAUGGACAUUCCCAUUCUAACCCAGCCGGACAUGGACACUCACAUGGAUCUGCACCCCACUUGGAUGCACACCCCUCCAAUUAUGGAGUGAGUGCAUCCCCGGCAUUCCCCAAUUACCAGCAACCAUACGGCAAUCCUGCAAAUCAUGUCGCAGCUCAUGGUCAUACGCAUGAUGGAGUUACCUAUCAUUGA